AUGUCUCUAGUGGACCACCAUGUUGAACUGCUCGAAGUCCAAAAGCCGCUUUACUGGCAUGAGUGGAACGAGACCGUCGCAGCCAUGCGUGCUAUCACCGCUGAAACUCAUGCCAGGAGAGCGCCGGAUGAAGUGGCCUGCGUUGUUUCCAAUUUGGAUGACCUGACGAGGGAGCUUCGUAAAGGAAUGUGGCUUGAAUUCAUCAACGUUCACUUCGCACCCGAGCUGACGUUUGACGAGAACGAUCCAGUUAUCGUGUACGACAUCAGUACGAUGACGAAUGUCGGCAACGUAUUCGAUAACACGAGUCUGGAUGCCCUGUCCGAAGUGUUCUCUUGGCUCGUUAUAGAGACUUACCUCGGUGUUAUCGUCAGGCCGUAUAGGGAAUACGAUGCAGGGGACAAGGCCUGGCUGACCGAGACCAAUUGUAUGUCACACACGAACUCGAUUUUGGGACUGCUAAGCGUUCAGCAGUACCACCAGCGGAAGUUUCCCACGUGGAGAAGGGAAUCUGUGGACUCAUUCCUCAAGCACAUCCGCACUACGUGGGCCUUGAAUGUAGAACACGCUCCGUGGAUCGACAGACAUUCGAGACGUCUAGCGCUGAAGAAGGUACACGCGCUUGACACGGUACUCUGGCCGGCCGAUGAAUUCUACGACAGAGAGUCCAGUGAAGCCCUGUACGCCCCGUUCCCGGACAUGGACAAACCGUUCACGGCUAAUUUGAUUGAAACCGCGCUUGCGCGGCGAAGACUCGUUAAUGACUCUCACUACGCGGACGUGUACUCGAAGCAAAUGACCCUAAGUCCGGAUCUGGUCGCCUACAAGUACCACCUCAACGAAGUCCAUGUCGCGUUGGCAGCGCUUAACCCUCCUGCCUACUACGACGUAGGGAUGUACGCCAUAACGUACGGAGGCCUGGGUUCGCUCUACGCAAAGGAAGUGUCCAAGAUAUACGACUCCACGGGAAGGUUGUUGAACGCGAACGGAGAGUUGCUGGUCUCGCCGUUCGGCGAGGAGUCGACCGAGUACAAGGAGAAACUGCGCUGCAACGCGACCGGACGCCUCCCGACUUACAACUACUUCGUUCACGUCGCAGGUCUGGAGACGGCGUACGAGGCGUACAGAGUCGCCGUGCCGCACGAUAUGCGGGACUACGACUACAGGCUGCAGGCGCUCGGAGAGUACGACAGCGACCAGGUUUUCUUCAUGACCUACUGUCACGUGCUGUGCGCGCCGCAGGCCGACCACAGGGCUCGGGAAUAUUGCAACGUCCCGCUCAGCAACUUUCGGCCGUUCGCGGAUGCAUUUCACUGUCCCGCGCGGUCGUACAUGAACCCCGGGAAAAAGUGCACCUUAUUUGCCACGGAAAAGAAACAAGAAGUGAAAUACGCGUAAGAGCGCUUCUAUAUAGUAUAUAUUUUACUUUAUGUGUACUUGACUACGUGGUGCCGUA